CCCUUCUCACCCGAGGGGACAUACCCACAUACCUACAAACAUUCACUUUUAUUAUAUAGAUAUAGAUUUUCUAGAGUCCUGCCCCAGACUACUAUAUUCAAGAUUAACAAAUCUGAUUCAUGAGGCUAAACAUGCAUCUGGAGUUAACGAUUAAUGUCCUGUCACUGUGUAGUUGUUCCUAAGGCCCCUUUGUUGAGCAUGUGGGACUUUUGCCCUGUUCAGCUUCCUGGGAUUGAUAAAUCAGUUGGACAAGGACAGGAGAAGAGAGUGCCUUGCCAUGGCGAUGGCAGCCUUGGGGGAUUUCUGUGGCUCUGUUUUCUGGAACUCCUCUCUACUGGAUCGAGAGGAUGCUGACCUGACGCUCUGCUUUGAACAGACAGUUCUUGUCUGGAUCCCGCUUGGGUUCCUUUGGCUCUUUGGGCCAUGGCAGCUUCUUCCAUUGUUCAAAUGCCACAGGAAAAAAUUGUCUAUCACAAAACUUUACCUUACUAAACAGGUGCUGACUAUGCUGCUGUUACUGAUGGCGCUAGCUGAACUCAUUUUCACCAUCGUUGAAGUCCUUGGACACCACCAUAACCCUGCCAUCCAGUACACGAAUCCUGCACUCUACGUGGUCACUUGGGUGCUUGUUUUCCUGAUCCAUGACAGUCGUCGCUUUACCAUCCGGAGGGACUCUGCGGUUCUCUUCCUCUUUCUGAUCCUUUCUGUCAUUUGUGGUGUGUUUCAACUCCAGACUUUGAUCCGACAAGCAAUUCAGAGCUCCAUCGCUGACUUACCCCGAUUCAGCUUCUUUUUGGUCUCUUACGGACUUCAACUCCUUCUCUUGUUCAUCUCUGUCAUUUCUGACAUUGCUCCUGAAAUUAAGGAGGCAGCAAAGAAGAACCCAGAGAUUACUGCUUCUAUUCUGAGUGUGAUCACUUUCAACUGGUACAACAGUAUGGUCGUGAAAGGCUAUCGGAAGCCAUUAGAGAUGGAAGAUGUCUUUGAGCUGAAGGAUGCAGAUAAGACGCAGAAGGUUUUGGGCAUGUUUGAUAAGCAUAUGAAGACUGGGGUCAAAAAGGCCCAGUGGGAACUGGAGAUCCGGCAGAGGAAGACGAAACAGCACUCAGCAACCAAUGACUACAGGAAUGGUUUGAGCAAGACACAGAGUCUGGAUGUGCUAGUUCUGGAAGAGAGAGAGAAAAAGCAAAAGAAAAAGAAAGACUCCAAAAAAGACUACACUAAGGGAUGGCUGAUGCUUGCUGUGGCCCGAACCUUUUCUCGAAACCUUCUGCAAUCGGUAGCAUUCAAGCUGAUGCAUGACGUGUUGGUGUUUGUGAGUCCACAACUGCUAAAGCUGAUGAUCAACUUUGUGUCAGAUCCAAAUGACUACCUUUGGCAUGGCUAUUUCUAUGCAUUACUGAUGUUUGUGGCUGCACUGAUGCAGUCCAUCUGUCUGCAACAAUACUUUCAAUUAUGCUUUAAGUUGGGCAUGAGUGUGCGCACUGCUCUUAUGGCUGCCAUCUACAAGAAGGCCCUUACAGUCUCCAAUGCCACCCGGAAGGAGUCCACCAUUGGCGAGACAGUGAAUCUGAUGUCGGCAGAUGCUCAGCGCUUCAUGGACUUCACAAACUUUGUGCACCAGCUGUGGUCUGCUCCAGUGCAGAUUGUGCUGUCUAUUCUGUUUCUGUGGCUGGAGUUGGGCCCCUCUGUGUUUGCAGGAGUUGGGGUCAUGUUGCUGCUUAUCCCCAUCAAUGCAGUGUUGGUUGCCAAAGCCAGGGCUAUCCAAGUAAAGAACAUGAAUUACAAGGAUGAACGCAUGAAGAUCAUGAAUGAAAUUUUCAAUGGCAUCAAGAUCCUGAAGCUGUUUUCCUGGGAGCCAUCAUUUCAGAAGCGAGUUGAAAAAAUCCGGAAUCAGGAGCUGAAGGGACUUCUACGUUUUUCCUACCUACAAUCAGUUUCUAUUUUCGUUUUCACAUGUGCUCCUUUUCUGGUUUCUGUGGUAACCUUUGCUGUGUUUGUGAUGGUGGAUGAGGACAAUGUUUUGGAUGCACAGAAGGCCUUCACUUCGAUUUCUCUCUUUAAUGUGCUGCGCUUCCCCCUUGCCAUGCUUCCAAUGGUGUUGUCUUCUCUGGUGCAGGUCAAUGUGUCUACUAGGCGGCUAGAACGGUAUCUGGGCAGUGAAGACCUGAACACUUCAGCCAUAUGGCAUGAACCCAGCCCUGGCUGUGCUGUGCGCUUCUCUGAAGCAUCCUUUGCAUGGGAACACAAUUCUAAUGCCGCCAUUAAAGAUGUAAACCUGGAAAUUCCUUGUGGGAGCUUGUUGGCUGUAGUGGGGCCUGUGGGAUCAGGAAAAUCCUCACUGGUGUCGGCUAUGCUGGGUGAGAUGGAGAACAUCAAGGGUCACAUCAACAUUCAGGGAUCAGUGGCAUAUGUACCCCAGCAAGCAUGGAUCCAGAAUGCCACCCUGAAAGACAACAUCCUUUUUGGGUCACCCCUUGAUGAGGCUCGGUACCAAAAAGUCAUAGAGGCGUGUGCCUUACUCCCAGACCUGCAGCUGCUUCCAGGAGGAGAUCUCACCGAGAUUGGGGAGAGGGGCAUUAACCUGAGUGGGGGCCAAAAGCAACGUGUCAGCCUGGCCAGAGCUGUAUACAAUAAUGCAGACAUUUACUUAUUGGAUGAUCCUCUCUCAGCUGUGGAUUCCCAUGUAGGGCGACACAUCUUUGACAAAGUCCUGGGACCCGAGGGACUGUUGCAGAAUAAAACACGUAUCCUGGUGACUCACAGCCUAAGCUUCCUAGCCCAAGUGGAUGAUAUUGUGAUGCUGGUAGAUGGAAAGGUCUCAGAAAAGGGGCCUUAUAGCACCUUGCUAAGUAAUGGUGGAGAGUUUGCUCAGCUGCUCAACACAUAUGGAAGCCAGCAGGAGGGCAACCCUGAAGAUGAAGCCACAGUGGGUAUGAAUGAAGAACUGGAAUUGGAUGGGGAUCCUGAACCUGGAGCUGAAGAAGUCCCAGCUGAUGUGGUGACCAUGACCCAGAAGAGUGAGGCCAGUGUCCAUCAAAAAAAAUUCUGCCGCAGCCUCAGUACAAGUAGUAAUAUGUCCCUCAAGAAAGCUCUUCAAGGAAAGCCGAAGGAGAAGGAGCCAGUAGCAGAGAUAAAGGGGCAAAAGUUAAUCGACAAGGAAGCUGUGGAAACAGGCAAGGUGAAAUUCAUCAUGUAUACACGAUACUUGGGUGCAGUUGGUUGUAAUCUCACAACAUGGAUCUUUUUAGCCUAUGUGGCUCAAGCUGCAGCCACUAUUGGCUCUAACUUGUGGCUCAGUGAAUGGACAAACGAUGCUGUAAAAUACCAAAACAUGACAUAUACAACUGCUAUACGUGACACGCGUGUUGGUGUCUAUGGGGCACUGGGCAUCAGCCAAGGUCUUUUCCUGCUGGCUGCAUGUAUGCUGUCUGCCCACGGUGCUGUCCGAGCUUCCCGGGUCCUGCACAAGCAUUUGCUCAGUAACAUCCUUCGUGUACCCAUGAGCUUCUUUGACACAACACCAACUGGCCGCAUCAUCAACAGAUUUGCCAAGGACAUCUUUACUGUGGAUGAGGCCAUUCCUAUGUCAUUUCGUUCCUGGUUGAACUGCUUCUUGGGAAUUAUCAGCACUCUCCUGAUCAUCUGCUUGGCCACACCUUAUUUUGCCAUUAUCAUGUUACCUCUGGGACUCCUCUACUACUUUGUUCAACAAUUCUAUGUGAGCACCUCCCGCCAGCUGCGGCGCCUGGACUCUGUCACCCGCUCGCCCAUCUAUUCCCAUUUCAGUGAAACAGUAUCAGGUCUCUCUGUCAUUCGGGCUUAUGGACACCAGGAACGCUUCCUGCAGCACAAUGAGAAGAUUGUGGACAUCAAUCAGAAAUCUGUGUACUCUUGGAUUGUUUCUAACAGGUGGCUGGCUGUGCGCCUCGAGUUUGUGGGGAAUCUGGUGGUGUUCUUUGCGGCACUGCUGGCAGUCUUUGCCAGAGAUCCUUUGAACAGUGGCAUUGUAGGACUUUCUAUCUCCUCAGCUCUCAGUGUGACUCAGACGUUGAACUGGUUGGUACGGAUGACUUCUGAGUUAGAGACCAACAUUGUGGCUGUAGAGAGAGUACACGAAUACACAGAGGUGCCAAAUGAGGCACCUUGGGUGACAUUACAAAGGCCACAGUCAAGCUGGCCCAACAAUGGAGAGAUCCGUUUCGUGAACUAUCAGGUGCGGUAUCGACCUGAGUUGCAGCUAGUUCUUGAUGGGAUCAACUGUUAUAUCAAAAGCUCUGAGAAGAUUGGUGUCGUGGGUCGAACAGGAGCUGGGAAAUCCUCCCUCACUAACUGCCUCUUUCGCAUCCUGGAAGCAGCCGGGGGAAAGAUCCUGAUUGAUGGACUUGAUAUAGCAACCAUUGGUCUGCAUGACCUGCGCCAGAAGCUCACUAUCAUCCCACAAGAUCCUGUUCUCUUUUCGGGGAGCUUGCGCAUGAACCUGGACCCAUUUGACCAGCACUCAGACAAAGAUGUCUGGUACGCACUGGAGCUGGCACACUUGAAGACUUUUGUGAGCAGCCUGCCAGAAGGAUUGUCUUAUCCAGUGAGCGAAGCAGGAGAGAACCUGAGCGUGGGGCAGAGACAACUGCUGUGUUUGGCACGCGCGCUUCUCCGUAAAUCCAAAAUCUUGAUUCUGGAUGAGGCCACAGCAGCUGUGGAUAUGGAGACUGAUCACUUAAUCCAACAGACAAUCCGGAGUGAGUUUGUUGACUGCACAGUGAUCACCAUUGCCCAUCGGCUGCACACCAUCAUGGAUAGCAACAGGGUGAUGGUACUUCAAGCAGGAAAGAUUGUAGAGUUUGACAGCCCCGAGGAGCUCCUUCAGCAGCACGGUGUCUUUGCAGCGAUGGCAAGGGAUGCUGGCAUUUUGGGAAAUCAGGACACUGCCCUAUAGAGUGUGUGAGCUCAAGGCCACGACAUGAAGAUUCUCUAUAUUGCAGGAAUCCUGUUGCAGGUCUUCUGGGCCUGCCUUGAUUCUGAGUGACAAUUCUGCAAUUGUAUUGGCAGUGCCACUACAUUUGGGACAUCUCCCGAGACCGUUCCCUGUGACAUGCCACAGCUGCCGUAUUAUUGACUUGGUCAUGAACUUGCAGUUGACAGCAAGUAAACCCUGGUUCUAUGGAAAGUGUGCUUCUACUACCACUCUCGGUGCUAUCAAGGAUCAUUUAGAGAUCAGUCUGGUGAAUUUCUCCUAUUUCGGGAGUCAAAUCAUGUUCCUAAAUCUUUGAUGGUCUUUAAAAUUCUCCAUGCCACAAAAGAAGACAACAAACCUAACUGAUUGCUGUAUAUCUUUACUGUUCUGUUUGCGCUUCCAGACACAGGAGUCUUUGAGAAUAAAGUCUUAGCUCAGUGA